AUGGUGUUAGCAGGUCGCAAGCGCCCGCCGGCGGGCGUCGCACGUGCUGCGGGCGGAGCCCCUGGCGAAAUGAAAAGACGUCGCACAGGCAAACUGGAGGCAGAGCAGGAAGAAACCUCCGAGGAAGGGGAAACUUCUGAGGAAGAAACCCCCGAGGAAGCAGGGCAGGACGAUAUCCGGCAGGCGACGCGCGGGUCUCGGGCCGGGCUAGCGGCAAGGCGAGGGACCGCGAAGGGGGCAGCGAAGAGAGCCGACGCUCCUUCUCUGUCUACGCAUCGAGGCGAGGAACGGAGAACGGCGGCGAUGCGUCCUUCUACUGGGUUGAGCGCCGGGCACAGCAGACGGAGCGAGAGCUUUCCAAAUGGUGUUUCCUCGAGCGCGAGAAUGGAGAGACGCGCGGAGGGAGGGAAGCGAGACCUGGAGAACGCGACUCGCGAGGCAGACGAGGCGACAGAAGCGAGUCGCCGGGAGAGAGAGAGAGGCAGCGAAGGCAAAGGGACGCGGGAUCGCGAUGGCUUUCUCAUUCCGCGACCGCUGCCUGGUUUGAAAAAGAAGCAGGGGGGCAGAACGGUAGAGCCCAGAAGGGCAUGCGGAAACGAAAGAGUGGAGACAAAAGGUCGCGGCGAAGCCGAGGGGCGAGCGAAGACUGGAAAGGCGCGGGCGGUUUUCGAGGGCGAGGAUGGGGAGGCUGAGGCAGGGACGGGACGGAAGGGUUUAGGAAGAGGGCGGAAGCGGUCGCCGUCGCCCGCUCCAAAAGCAGAUGAAAGUGAAGACGAAGAGGAGGACGACGAAGAGGAAGAAGGUUCCUCUUCAACCAGCGAGGAUGAUUCAGACGAUGAGGACUACGAAGAUGAGGAGCAGCCGCGUCGGCUGAGAAUGCAGAGACUCUCUCGGAAGCGAGACCUUGCACUCGUGCCAGGCUCGCCUGGAUGUCCUGUUUUGUCCAGCGCCUCCUCGGACGCGAGCUCUUCACUUGGCGGACCCGAGCGUCUCUCGUCUCUCGCCGUUCUGCUUCCGUUGCCUCGAUAUGCCUCUACCUCGGGGCCGCCGGGUGCCGUGUGCGAAAGGCCCGGGCGUGGCCCCGGAGAGGGGCGACAGGCCUUGAAGGGUCGGAAGCGGAAGGGGGGAGAAGACGCGUCUGCGGCGCACGUCUCGGCACCGGCAUCUCGCGGCGAGCGGAAGAGGCGCCGGCGAGAGAAGGCCGACGCGACUGUCGCGGCUCUCUCUGCUUCGCUGGACAGCUUGAUCUCCGUGCAGGGCGUCAUCUACUGCCCGUACAAGGUCGCAGAGGUGAUCGCCGCGGAGGUGGCGCUCGCCGGCAGGGAGCAAGAAGAAACGAGCGAGCGAGGGCGGGGCGCCGCCGAGGGAGCACAACGCGCGCUCGAGACAGAGACGCACACGCGAGGCGACGAAGCCAGAGCAGAGCGAGAGCGACAGAGCGACGAAAAAGCGACGGCCCGCAUCGCCGCUCUUGGCGCGGCCAUCUUCAACAUGCUCCUUGAGGCGGGCGGACUCGCGUCGCCUCUUUUUCGGCCGCAGCACCUGGCGCCGCUCCUGUUGCAGGCGUACGCCCUGCGGCGGCGCGCCUCCGCGCCUCGCAGGCCCUCAGCCUCUCGCGCGGCGCUCGCGGCACUUCCGUCUGCCAGCGGCGCGUCGCACGCUGCGCCGCUUCCCGCGCCCUCUUCGGCGGGCGCGACGGCGGCACGCCGCAUCCUGCAGAAGGGCGUCUGUCGCCUCUUUGCGCGGCUGAUGGAAGAACAGGACGCCGCGGCCUCUCGCGCGAAGAUGCAAGGUGAGGGAGCCCAGCGCACGCUGCCAGAGAGGCCCGGAGACGAGGCGAUGGGCGGCGCCGCGGCGCGCGCCCUCACGCUGCCAGAGGAUGCGCUCGCGGAGCGAAGCAUCGCGGGCGGCGGCGAGCGCCAGCACUGCGCGCUGCUCGAGUCGCCGCGCCAGGCGUUUCGCGACUUCCGCGCGCUCCUCAAGCGCGUCUUCCUCCACGCGACGCUCUUGUGCGAGCGAGAAGGCGCUCUCCAGUCCCAGGGCGGGGCUUGGGGAGGCCUACUUGGGCUCCUCUCGGGGCUGGCUGGCAGUGGAGCGAGGCGCAUGCGCGCCUCAGCGACUCUCGCGGUUCUCGGCGUCGCAGAAGGCCUCGCCGUCUCAGUCGGGCCGCUGCACGCGGAGGAGACCCAGUUUCGCCAGCAGCUGCAGCAGCUGCAGGGCGCGAACGCCGGCCCCCCUCGCCCCCCUCCGCCGUCGUCUGCUCACGCGGGCGACGCGGCGCCUGCUCCGCCUUCGACGUGGGGAACCAGAGUUGCAGAGGACGUUCGCGCGCGACUUGAACUCGCUGAGAGCAAGGCGCGAGUGUGUGCGCAGCUGCUAGACGUCUUGGCGGCCGAGUCGCUCGCGUUUCGCGUGCGGGACGUAUGUCCGCUCAUUCGCUCCGAGACGCUCGACGCACUGGCGCACGAUCUCCUUCCGAGGCGCCCGAUUCUCUUUCUGGGCUCGCCUUCGUUCGCGGCGGCGGUUCUCUCGUCGCUCUCUUCGCUGGCGUCGGUCUCGCCACCCUACAAGCCCUCAGGCUUCCUCCAGAAGACGCUGCGAGCCGCGCUGCGGUUCUUCGCCUUUGCAGUUGCGCUGCUGUGUGACCGCCAGCCGGCGACGAUGGCUGCCGCGGAGGAGCGCGACGCGCGCGCGGCGGAGGCGGAUGAGGACGAUCGGCUGCGCGACGAAGUGACUGCCAAGGCCAGAAACGUGACGCGGACGUUUGUCAAGGCGGCCAAGUCGCUCGUGCUGCUUCUCGCCUGCCAGCCGGACGAGGAGACUGCCCUCGUGGCGCUCGACGCGCUCCUGCCGGCCGUCGAGGCCUCGGUCGCCGCGCGCGAGGCUGAAGAGGGCGGAGGUCGGGGGGGAGACGCCGCGGCGCGAGGGCCGCCUGGCGAACAGAGAGGACGAAAAACCGCGCGGGCAGCGAGAAGCGAGAGAGCGGAGCGCCCCGACGUAACUGAAAUUCUUCGUGAGACGCCGAGCGUGGAGACCGCGGAGAGCGAGGAAGACCAGUGCGCGUGGAGCAUCAGCGAGGAGGACGCAGAGGCCUUGCUUCGAGCCUUCUGGGCGACGAAGGGCAUGCGCGUCGCGGCGGCCUACGCCCUUCUCCUUGAGAAGCUCUUCUUGCGCGGGCGCCUCGCCGCGGCGGCUGAGCGCGAGUGCGGAGCUCGCCCACUCCAGAACGCCUUCGUCUCUGCGUCUGGGGAGCGCGAGAUUCGACUCCUCCUCGCGUUCUGCCUGUCGUACCUUCCUCGUGAAAAUCUCUCGGCUGCAAGCCCGGCACAGCUGCUGCACUCGUGCGCGGGGCGUGUCGUUGAAGGUUUCUGGCCGCUAAGCGCGGGUCUUCGGCGCCCGAAGCUCAUGCUGGAGCUCCUCACGCGCGGCGAGGCGGAGGGCGAUCCGCGCGCGGGCCUGAGCGACGAGGAGAGAAAGAUUCUGCUUCACUUCUGCGAGCGAAGCUUUGCUGUGUUGCAGCUGCGGCAGCGAGGCAUCCCCGCGAAGCACACGGACCUCGGGGCAGAGCCCAAGCGCGAGGACCGCCACGGCAUCGGCGAGCCGCGCGCACACUGGGGGUGCUCGGCCGCGGCGACGCUCGCAGAAGGCCGCACCGAGAAAUCCAAGCCCUUCGCCAGCCGGCGGAAGAGACGAGCGAGCGCCGGGGGCGUCGACUUGCGCGAGCUGGACGCCCAAGACGAGGUGGACGAAGAGAGAGAAGAACGAGAAGAAGAGAGACAGUGCCUCGUCGAGGGAACCGAAGCGAUCUUCGCGCACCUGCCCAUGCUGGUGCGGAUCCACCAGGCGGAUCGCGACGAGCUGUAUCUCCUACUCUCGAGCGUGUACUGGGCGUCGUUUCCUCCGCCGUGCUUGCCAUUCCAUUUGUCUCAGCGGUCGCUGUCGCUCUCUGGAUCUUCGGUAACACUCUCUCUUCUGUCGUCGUCCUUCUUCUCGCCUCUCUCGCUGGACUGCCUAUCGCCCGCGCUACUCUGCGCGCGGACCUCGUCGUUCUUCUCUGCUUCUUCGCUGCUGGCGUGUCUCUCUUCGUUGGCGCUCUCCUCGUCUUCGCCACUCGCGACACGCACAGUCUUCAGCUGUCUGUCGAACCUCGGGUUUCUGCUUUCUCCGCUUGGUCGGCGCGAGUUUGUUGCCUCGCUCUCUGAGUUGCACGACCUGCUUCUCGCGCGGACUGUCGACGACGUGGAGGCGCUCCAGGCUCUGCUCUUCAGACAGCCGGCGGCGAAGGCGCGCGGAGGAAACGCAGAGGCCCGCGAGGAGACGGGACAAGCCGACGGGGCGGGCUCGGCGUUGCCGCUGGACUCGCAGCGAGAAGACGCGCACGCGCCGCCGGUCUUUGACUUGCGGCGAAUCAAGAAAUCGCGUAAAUUGCGUGACGCGACUCAGCGCCGACAGGGGGCACUCGAGGCGAACCUGCUGCGAGUCGCGUCCUUCUACUCGACAUGUCUCUCCUUCCUUGUGGAGAAGCGCGAGGGAGAGAAGACCGACGAAGGCGCGGAAGGCGCGCGCCCGGACGAACGGCUCUUCAGUGCCUUCAACUUCGUCUCGCUCACCUCGGCCACCGAGGCCGCCGUCGCCGUCCUCCACCUGCGCGUCGUCGCCGCGAGUGUCGGCGACGGAGAGGAUUCAGGCGACGAAGAAGGCGCCGAGGUGCCUGAAGUCCCGACCGCACGGCUGGUGCUGCAUGCGUCCGACGUGCUCUUGGCGGUGUACGCGCACCUUUCGUACCGGAGUUUCUUUCUUCUUGGGUGUUUAACCUCGGCGUUGCGGCGGGUCGCGAGGCUGCAGACCCUCGCUGCCCAGCCUCGCGAGCGCGGCCGCGAGAAACCUGCUGAGUCAAGCGCCUUUCACGGCUUGUGGGAUGCCGAUGCGAACUCGACAGAGGCGAGUGGAGGCGCGUCUUCAAGCGGCAGGCGGACGGAAAGACACUCGCUCGACGGCGACGAUGGGGGGGGAGGAAAUACUGGCGAUGCAAGUCGGAAGGCCACGGAGGAAGACGUGGAGAGAGCCCGCAAAGAGGUUCUUGAGCUUUCCAGGCAGCUGCAGCAGACACUCGCCGAGGCUGCUGCCUGCCGCAACCGCUCAACGGUGCUCCUCGUCGCCCUUCUGGAGACUGAGACUCGACCCCUGGUGCUUUUCAACUCUCUCUUUUCUCUCCUCUCUUUCGAGCAAAUGGAGAGUUCGAUCCUCGCCGCGCGACGCGCCUGCUGCCGUGCGCUUGCGUCGCUCUCCUCCGCUCUGCUCAAGCCUGGUGCUUCCUCUUCUUCUGCGUGGUCUGCGGAAGUUCUGCUCCCUGCGCUCCAGGCCUACGAGUACAUUCCUUCAGACGUCGAGUCGGUGGCUGCGACGUUCCACUUUUUUUUGGAUCUCUUGCUAGCCUCGCCGGUCGCGGCAGACCCCGUUUCUCUGCUCUCGCCAGAGACGCGCGCGAUCGCGCGGCGUCUCGGGGGCACCGCAGAAAAACGCUCUUCGCCCGCAUCGGCCUCGCUCUUCGCUUCCUUCGCGCGCCUCACGGAGGCAAGCGCGCCGUUCUCGGCGGCCCUCUCGCCGUCGCCCUUCGGCACGGCGCUCCCGGCGGGGGCACCGUGCGUUCUUCUCCUCGCCAUGAGCCGCUAUGACGCCUCCGCUCUCUCGUACCUCGACUCCCUCGUCCUUGCUCCUUCUUCUCCCUCCUCUGCCUCCUCCUUGUCGUCCGCUUCUGUCGCGGUCUGCGCGGCGUCUCCUCCUCGCCACGCGUGGCCUGCGCAGGGCGCCGCCGCCGGCCUGGACGGCGGCGAGUCCAGCCAGGAGGGCGACGCCUCGCGCGCGGCUGCGGACUUCGCGCUGAGUGUGAAGGAGUCGCUGGCGCUCGGCUGCUGCCGGCUGGUUCGGCAGAGUUGCAUGAGCGAGCUGCGCUGGCUGCUGGGAGGCCUCGGCGCGGGCCUGCUGUCCCUGCUGGACCACCCGUCUGCGGCUGUGGGGCUCGAGGCCCGCGCGUUUCUCCAGGCGCUGAAGCGGGAGAAUUUUCGGCUCCUUCUGCAGGCGCUGCUGCAGACGGCCCAGGACCUCUUCGAGACGCGGCUCGUCACUCCGCUCGCGCUCGUGCUGCUUCAGAGAGGAGACACCAGCGGGCGCCUGCGAGACGAGGACGUCGAGCCGCGCUUCCUGCAUCUCUUCCAGUGGACGCAGGCCGUCGCGCAGCGGCUGGGCGUGGGUGCGCUGAGUGGCUCCCAGCAGACCGAGAUGAUGAACUUCUGGAAGGCGGCGAUUCGCCACAACCGCAUGCUCGCGGAGGAGGCUGCGACGCACGCGGAGAGCGAGAAGGUCACGCCGCAAGACGGCCGAAUUGCGAGCCUGAACGGCGACGCGGAAGACGAAGAGAAGGCCUUCGCGCGCGCACGCCGGCACGUCCUCUGGCAGCUCCAGGAGGGCGGCACGCGAGGCGAGGCGGGCACUCCAGCCUUCCCGCGCCUCCAGUUCCUCGACGUUCUCCAUCCUCUCAUUCAGAAGGGCUUUCUGCCGCACUACCUGCUCAAUCAGCUCGCAGGACUGACCCGCGAGCUGAUGCGGCGGAAGGAAGAAGACAGCACGAGAGCGCGAGAGAGCGCGGACGACGAAGAUCGCAGGAGGCGGUGGGAAGACCGGGAGAGGCGACUCGCGAGCUGGGAUACGUGCGGCGAAAAGCGGCUUUUCGAGGCCGCGAGAAAGAAGGAGGGCUGGCUUUCGCUUCUGCAGAACAUGCGCGAGGAACGGCGGAGGCGCCUGGAAGCCGCUGCGGAACGUAGAAAGGAAGCAGCGAACGAACGAGACAGACGGCACGCAGAAGAACGCGAAGAAAAGCGCCGGAGCGCAGAGGAGCGACUGGAGCGUGCCGCGCGCGGGCGCGAGGAGGAGACCAAGAGAAGCGAUCGCGAAAAGCGAGCACGAGGGGAGGAAAUGGUGGUGGUGAAUGAAGCACGGCGAAGUGCCGAGGCAGAGACGAGCGAAAAGCGAGAGAGAGAGAGGGAGAGGCGGGGCGCAGAGGCACGUCUGGACGAGGAACGAAGAGAAGCUGAAGCGACGAGAAAGCGACGACGCGACGAGGACCAGCAGCGCCCACACAGAAACGAGGAGGAGAAGAUGGAGUCGAAGAAGCGAAGGGAGCCGACGACCACCGCCGAGCGACUCCCCUCGCGAAGCAAGGGCGGCGCCGGAGCGGCGGCGACGUCGAGCCGGCAGGGCGACAAAACAGGCGACAAGAACGCGGAGGCCAAGCCGAAAGAAGGCACAAGGGAGGUGCGAAGUCGCACGCCAAGCGGGAGCGAAGAGGAGGAGACCGACCGAACGGAGAUCUCUGCAACUUCGGCAUCCGAGUCUGAGGACGAAGAAUGGGAGGAAGAGGAUGACUCCCAGGCGGCGCCAAAGCGACGCCGACGCGCAGGCGCGAAGGCCGCGCCUUCCGAGUCCGACAGCAGAAUUGAAGAGAGAGAAGAAGAGACAGAAGAGGGCAAAGAAGAAGAGAGCGAAGAAGAAGAGGAGAGCGACGAAGACGAAGGGAGACGCAGACGGCGCACGGAGAAGCGGCGAAGGAGGAGGUCCGAGGCCGCGAGAGCAGAGAGGGAGGCCCGCGACAGGCCCCCGGCGAAGCGCAAUGCGGCGGACAAGGGACACACAAGACCGCCUCGGUCGCUCGACGCGAGAGAAAACGCCGCGGCGGCUGCGGCUGCUGAGAGGCGCAGGGAGGCGACAGUUUCAGCAGGCGCGCGAGAGAAGGCGCAGAGCGGCGGCGGAGACGAAGACUUGUGGCGCUUCGCCGUAUCGCCUGCGCCUCCGUCGCGGACGGCGAGACGAGAUGAAAGAGAGCGAGAAGACGAGUUGAGACAUGGCCUGAAGAAAGCCCGCGAGCGGAGAAGAGGAGGCUCCGCGCCACCUUCUUCACGCGCGUCCGAGGAAGAACACGAAGACUGGAAUGGCAGCGAAUUCGACGUAUGGGAGGAGGACGGCGAAGCGAUCCUCGAUGCAAUGGAACGCGUCUGCUCGCUGAACACAGACCACACGCGCGAUGCGAGGGAGAAACGGCGGCCCGUGCGCAGACCGCAAGCGCCUUCGCGAACGGGUGCGUUCCCGGGGGACAGCGACCAAGACGACACCGAGCCUAACACGCAGAGAGACAGAAAACCGACGAAAGCCAAGCAAAAACACACACGCGAAGAGAAGCAAGCGACGUGGGAGACUGCCAGCCAAGCGACCUCGUUUGCUGAGGACUUGCUCGAGUUUUGA